UGGGACGGGACCCCCGGCGGGGCGGGGCCAGGGGUGCCGCUCCGGUAACGGGGGAGUCCCGGCCCGGGGAGCGCUCAGCCCUGGCGGGCACGGCGGCCGGGUGGGGCGCACCGGCGGGCACCGCCGGGGGUCAGUAGCCAUCAGCGGUGAUGGCCGGGCACGACGGUUAUGGCUGGGCACCACCGGGCUGCACCGGGCACAACGGCAGCACCAGGCAGGUUGUGCGUGGAGCGCCUGCGGCCCGGAGAGACCGGGGAGCCCGGCUGCCUCCGCCACACGCGGGGUCUCCUCCCGGCCCCCGUGGCACUAGGACCCCCGGGAGCCCUGUCCCUGCCGGGCUGUCACCACCCGGCUGUCACCGUCGCAGCAGCUGUGACAGGGGCGGUUAAAAAUAGCGGUGUCAGCGAUGGCCGCCCGGUGCCGCCUCGCCGCUCGCUUCCACCGAGUCCACGGCGCCAACGUGCUCCUGGACGCCUCGGCCACGCGGGCCACGCGUGUGCGGAGCUUUGCCCACGGUCUUUGCUUCAGCCAGGAGCCGCUGGCACCCGGGCAGCCCUUCCUGGUGGAGAUCGAGGAGAAGGAGCUGGGCUGGUGUGGCCACCUGCGCGUGGGGCUGACAGCCCUGGACCCCCAGAGCCUGGAUGUGGUGCCCGAGUACUCGCUGCCAGACCUGGUCAACAUGGGGGACACCUGGGUGUUUGCCAUCACCCGCAGCCACAACCGCGUGGCUGUGGACAGGGAGGAGCCUUUGUCACAGGGCCCCCCCAAGGAGCUGUUCCCACUGAUCGAGCGGCUGCGGAUCCCCCGCGACACACUGGUGGGGCGCAGCCGUCCCGGCCGCUACAGCCACAUCCUGGAUGACCUGUACAAGACAAACGUGCUGCCCGCAACCGCCCGGCGCAGCCGCAUCGGCGUUCUGUACGUGCCACAACCUGACGGCACCGCCGACAUGCACAUCCUCAUCAACGGGGAGGACAUGGGGCCCAGCGCCCGUCACCUGCCCACCGCCCGUCCGCUCUACGCUGUGGUUGAUGUCUUCGCCUCCACCAAGAGUGUCCGGGUCAUCCCGGUGGAAUAUGGCUUCCCCUCCCUGCAGACCCUCUGCCGCCAGGUCAUCCAGCAGCACAUCGUCCACCGCCUGGCCAUUGACGGCCUGGACCUGCCGCUGCCACUGCGGAGCUUCUGCCAACACGAGUGAGGCCUUGAGGGUGCCACCCUGGCUCCCCCACCAACCACCCCACCGGUGACAGCUGAAUGGCUGCCAGGCCGGACCUGCGCCUCCCAGAUCCCCUCCUCCGGUGCACUUGCCAGCACUGUCCGUGCUGCUGCAGGGUCAGUGUGAGCGUGGUGGAGCAUCAUGGGGACGUUCCUCUGCACAGAGAUGUGCAGUGAGGCCGGUGUGUGGGCAGGGGGUGGCAGGGACUGAAUAAGCAAUAAAGCGCUUACAUCCCAAAAA